CCUUGCACAAGUCACAGCGAUAACAGGAACAUGGCCGCCAAGCUUCACCGUUUGAGUUGAACCUUCCCUCCUUCUAUUCUAACCUCCUUGGUUUUAACACGUAUAUACAAAAAUGGAACUGUAAUGCGAGUCUUGAAUUAAGGAUGCUUCGAAGUAUCAUCUGCUUCCUUCCCUUCAUUGAAACCUGCAAACGUCGGUGAAUAUUUUCUUGUAAGCUUCAUAAUACUUCAUAAAGUGAAAUGUGCAAUCUGACUAGCAAUAUCUUCUUCAAAAUGUUAAGCACUGCUUAACAACUGUAGAAAAAUCAUUUCAUUUAGUCGAAAUGUAGCAUGUAUGAUAUUAUUGCAUAAAUUCAUAAUUAAAAUAUUAUAUAUUCUUGGGCAAAAAGUCAUAUUUCUGUAAAACGUAGUAAAUUUAUUCUUCGUGAAGUGUUCCUGGAAUUCAUGGCAUGCGUGAAUCGUCCAUUAGAUACUUCUCAUGCAUAAUAUGCAUUCAUAUUUUUAUUAUCAAUUGUCAGUUUGGGAUAAAUACACCAGAAGUCAGUGUGAAGCCUCCAAGAAUUACUUAGACAAGGGUAAAAUUUCUGUAAGCCGAUCACUUUUACAUCUAUGCAGAACAGGAUUAACAUUGUGAGGUUUGUAGCCAGUAAUAUGGUAUCAAGGCUGUCAACUUAUAGUUGAUAUAUGUGAAAGAAAUUUGAUGAUAGUAUAUGUGAAAGAUAUUUGAUGUCUUGGAGGUAUAUAACAUUUUUCCAAAAAAGAAGGGAUUUUUAAAAGAAUCGUGUAUAUCGCACAAGAAAGAAGUCUUGUGUGUGAAUUAUGGAGCAAGAUAUUUAAAUAAAGGGGGGAUUUAAAAAAGCAUAUGUUGGCCCGUACAGGAGAUAAACCUCAUGUGUGUGAGAUAUUACACAGUCAUAUAGAGAAAAGCAUAAAUUAAACAUGCACAUACUUGUUCACACAGCAAAGAAACCUCGUGUAUCAAGCGUGUAACAAAUAAUUAACACUGAAGCGUAUCUUGAGCCAACACAUGUUUAUUCAUACAGAAGAGAAAUCUAAUAUGUGUGAGGUAUGUAACAUGUAUUUAGCUGAAGAGCAAUUUAAAAUUUGAUUAAUGUAUGUUAAAGACAUUUAAACAAACAUAUGUUUACACAUACAGGAGAAAAACCUCAUAUAUCUGAGGUACGUAACAAAUCAUUUGAGCUAAAGGGUAAUUUAAACAAACAUAUGCUUAUUCACACAGAAGAAAAUCCUGAUGUGUUUUGUGAAAUAUGUAACAAAUCAUUUAGAAAAAAGUCUGAUUUAAGCAAGCAUAAGCAUAUUCACACAGGAAAGAAACCUCAUAUUUGUGAGGAAUGUCACAAGUCAUUUAGACAAGCCGGAGAUCUAAAAAGGCAUAUGUGGAUCCACACAGGAGAGAAACCCUAUAUGUGUGAAGUAUGUUACAAAUUAUUUGGAAAAAAGUGUGAUUUAAGUGAGCAUAAGCUUAUUCAUACAGGAGAGAAACCUCAUGUGUGUGGGGAAUGUCACAAAUCAUUUAGACAAACAGGUGAUCUAAAAAGGCACAUGCGAAUCCACACAGGAGAGAAACCACACAUGUGCGAGGUAUGUAAACAGUCAUUUAAGGAAAAGGGUAAAUUAAAUAAUCAUAUGCUUCUUCACACCGGAGAGAAGCCAUAUGUGUGUGAGGUAUGUAACAAGCCAUUCAGACUAAAAGGUAAUUUAAAUGAACAUAUGCUUAUUCACACAGGAGAGAAACCACAUGUGUGUCAGCUGUGUAAACAGUCAUUUAGACAAAAGGAUAAUUUAAACAAGCAUAUGCUCAUUCAUACAGGAGAGAAACCUCAUGUGUGUGAGGUAUGUAACAAAUCAUUUAGGCAUAAGAGUGUGUUAAACCAGCAUAUGUUUAUUCACACAGUAGAAAAUCCUAAUAUGUAUCAUAUCACAUCAUAUACACAAAAGCAUGAUUUAAAUGAGCUUAUGUUCAUUCAUACAGAAGCAAAACCUCAUGUGUGUCAAGUAUGUAACAAAUCAUAUAGGAGAAAAUUUGAUUUAAGUGAGCAUAAGCGUAUUCACACAGGAGAGAAACCUCAUGUGUGUGGAGAAUGUCAGAAAUCAUUUAGACAAAAGGGUGAUCUAAAAAGGCACAUCCAGAUCCAUACAGGAGUGAAACCUCACAUGUGUGAAGUAUGUAAACAGUCAUUUAAAGAAAAGGGUAAAUUAAAUAACCACAUGCUUCUUCACACUGGAGAGAAACCAUAUGUGUGUGAGGUAUGUAACAAAUCAUUCAGACUAAAAGGUAAUUUAAAUGAACAUAUGCUUAUUCACACAGGAGAGAAACCACAUGUGUGUCAGCUAUGUAAACGGUCAUUUAGACAAAAGGAUAACUUAAAUAAGCAUAUGCUUAUUCAUACAGGAGAGAAACCUUAUAUGUGUGAGGUAUGUAACAGAUCGUUUAGGCAGAAGAGUGUGUUAAACCAGCAUAUGCUAAUUCACAUUGAGGAGAAGCCUCAUUUAUGUGAGGUAUGUAACAGGUCAUUUAGACAGAAGGGUUGCUUAACCAACCAUAUGCUUAUUCACACAAAAGAGAAGCCUCACAUGUGUAAGAUAUGCAACAAGUCAUUUAGACAAAAGGGUGAUUUAAAAAGGCAUAUGCUGAUCCACACAGAGAAACCUGAUGUUUAUUCGAGCAAGUUAGAUUAAAAAAGGGUACUUACAUACUAUGACAACUACCUAGAUAUCCCGCCAAAACUGGCAAUCCUUGUAGGUUAUACAGGUUAUAGAAGGCACUAAGAUAAAGAAUAUUAUCCCGCACUUGUUAUUACCACACCUUCUUUUGCUACAUUUACGCAGAUUAUGUUUAGGUUAAACACGGGAAACUUUUUGUAGCAGAUUAUGUUUAGGUUAAACACGGGAACUUUUUGUAAUUAUUAUUUUCCCAAUGGAUAUCAACAUUUUGCAACUUCCUUCAAACGAACAGGAAGCGAUAGAAUUUUUCAGAGGCUGGAAUUCUACCCAUAGAACGCAUUUGUUUGGCCAUGAUGUGAAGUUUUAUAAUUUGUAUAUAUAUUCGGGAUUUUUGGUUCUUAAGUUUUUGUUCCUUUAUAAUUAGGGCUUUAAUUUUUAAAAGAAUUUAUAAACAUAAACCAAAAAAACGGCAAUGGAGAUCUUUAUAGCCACAUGUUGCCAAUGUAGUCAUCAUAAUACAUAAAUACCAAAAGUAAGGACUUGUUGAUACAGCAAAAAAGAAAAAAAAUCCUCAUUAUAUGAUGUAUGUAACUAUUCAUUUCAUGUAAGCUUUUAAUAAACCAUUUGUUUCCAUAAGAAGAAAAGGUACUAUUCCGUUUUAAGGACUGUAAAAAAUUGCAGCGAAAAUGUAUGAGCAAAAGCGCCAAAUCUAGCAAACGCGCCCAUCUAACAGCGCGCCAAAUCUAGCAUAUGCGCAGA